AUGUCCGGAUCUGUCCAUGGCAACGACGGCAGCACGCCGCCGCCGUCGCCGCCGACCUGGCUCUCCCCCGUAUCCGUCACAGACGAGGCCGUCUCCGCGUCCACCUCGCGCGUGUUCAAGAUCGAGGGCUACUCGGAAACCAGGGGCCUCCUCGGCGCCGGCAACAGCAUUAGAUUCCCCACCUUCUUCCUCGGAGGCCAUGGCUGGCAAAUCUGGUACUACCCCGACGGCCUGCACCCCAGCCUCUCCGGCCGUUGGAUAUCCAUGGCGCUGGUGCUCGUGGGCAACGGCGACUCCAGCGAGACCGGCAAGCCGCAGCAGGGCCAGGGGGGCUUCGCCGGCGGGGCGGGGAGGGCGACGUUGGGGAAGGACGAGCCGCUUGGCGUCCCGGAGUUCGUCGAGAGGGCGAGGCUCCAGAACUCGUGUUAUCUCAAAGGGGAUUGCGUCAGCGUCAGAUGCGACAUCUCCGUCGCCACCACGAAUGUCGUCGCCCGUGGGACAGAGCUGUCAGAACUGUCAGAGCCGUGGUCGUCGUUCGUCGUGGUGCCGCCUUCCGACCUGCGGCGGGACCUCGGCCGGCUACUGUCAUCCGGCGCUGGGGCGGAUGUGGCGUUAGAGGUGCGCGGCGAGACGAUCGCCGCUCACUGGCACAUCCUCGCCGCCCGGUCCUCAGUCUUCGCGGCAGAGCUCCUCGACGGCACGACAGAGGAAGAGAAGACAAUUCCUUCUAGCAGAGUUCGGAUCGAUGCCAUGGACGCCACGGCGUUCAAGGCCAUGCUCCACUUCAUCUACACCGACUCGCUGCCGGCGACGAUGGACGAGGCCGGGGGAUCUAUAAUGCCCAUGGCGCCGGACUUGCUCGUGGCGGCGGAUAGGUACGAUCUCUGGGGGCUGAAGUCGAUGUGCGAGGAGAAGCUGUGCGAUCACAUCGCCGUGGACACGGUAGCGAGUAUGUUGGCGAUGGCUGAACGGCAUGGCUGCCACGGGCUCAAGGAGGCGUUGCUUGGGUUUUGUCCAAAUUCCUGGCGAUCUCAAGCCGGUCUUGGGAACCGAGGGGUUUGA